AUGGCUGCUACAGUUGCGUCUUGGUUUGGGUAUACACCCUCCGUUGCAAGAGACAAAAAGCUCCCAGAUGAGCCACCCAAAGCCCUCCCAGCUUCGUGGUACUACUCCCCAGAGAUAUAUCAGUUGGAGCGAAGAGCUAUUUUUUCCAAGAAAUGGAUCUUAGUUACCCACAAGUUGCGCUUCACAAAACCCGGUGACUUCCUUCGGUUUGAGGAAGCUGGAUUCUCCUUUGUGUUAUGCCUUGACCGAGAAGGUAACUUGAACGGCUUUCACAAUAUCUGCCGCCAUCGUGCAUAUCCCCUCAUCUCCGAACACGAGGGCAACGUCAAGAUUCUGUCGUGCAAAUAUCAUGGGUGGUCGUACAGCCUCAAUGGAAAGCUAGCCAAAGCUCCCAAGUUUGAUGUCGUCCCGGGAUUCCAGAAAGAGAAUCAGAGCUUGUUCCCCGUGCAUGUCCAUACUGAUGCACUGGGCUUCAUUUGGGUCAAUCUUGACUCUUCACCGAAUCCAGUCCCCUGGGAAGAAGAUUUCGACGGUGUCGACCGGCAAGAACGAUUCCAGAGGUUCGAUUUCACCCAGUACAAGUUUGACCAUACAUGGCAGAUGGCCGGCGACUAUAACUGGAAAACACUGGCGGAUAACUAUAAUGAAUGCUAUCAUUGCACUGUUGCGCAUCCUGACGUGGCGAAGCUGGCCGAUCUUUCAUAUUACUAUACCGUUUCCACACCCGGGCAUAUUCAGCAUUUCUCCCGACCGAAGCCGGAUAAGGUGGAUGAAGACAUACAGAAUGCCAGCACUUACUACUUUCCCAAUGCCUGCAUGACAGUCUCGCCUCAUUUCUUCUACAUGAUGCGAUGCGUCCCGACAUCUGCAACAUCUUGCUCCAUGGAGUACGAGGUCUACCGACACAUAGAAGCUUCGGAUGAGGACUUUGAAUACAUUGACUCCUUCUUCAAGAGAGUCCUGGACGAGGACAAACACCUUUGUAACGCUGCACAGAGGAACCUGAAUGCUGGUGUGUUUGUAAAUGGUCAACUCCACCCUGACCUGGAGAGUGCGCCACUGUUCUUCCAGAAUACUGUCAGAACCUUGCUCAGAAGUCACCGAGACGAGGAGGGAAAGAUAAACAGGGAGAUCUGGCCGGCGCGGCAGCAUUCAGCCGGCCAGGCGACCGCAGAAGAUGUCGCUUUUUGCUUAGGGGUAGCGUGCUCGGUGGCAGGAUCUGCUGAUUUGGAAUGGUAG